UCGCCGCACAUACCUAGAUGAAGCUGCCGCCUGUGGAUCUCGCUCUGCUCCGGGAUCCAAACAAUAUAGAAUCCACCGCAUUUGUCUCACCCGCCGCACGAGUCCGCUCGGCCUCCGCUAACCUCGCGCGCAUCUUUCAGCCCGGCGCCGUCGGUCUGUCUCCUCCUCGCACGCGAGCACGCUUCCGCUGCGGCAGGCGGAGGAGCAGCAGAGGAAUCGGUGUUUGGCUGCUGCUCUUUGGCUCAGAGGCAGAAGAGCACCAGAUGGCCAUUUGAAGAAAGGCUCAGUCAGGUUGCUGCUCAAUGGUCAACCGGGUCCGGCUGCCGCAAAAUACAGGAUUUGCCUUCAUCAUGUGAUCUGACUCCCACGCUAUCCUUUCCUUCGCUCUAUCUCAAGAGCCUUCAUCAUCAGCAGGAGGAUCAUGACCCGCCGCCUGAGCAGCUCCACUCGCUCCCACACUGAGGACUCCAUCUUCCUAAGGCCGGACGAGGACCCCGUUUGGCUGGAUGAGCCCACAAAGCCAGGAAAAAGAGUUGACGCAGCCCCGAGGAAGGAAGAGUUGCUGGGGCGCAAAGAUGGAAGCACAGGGGGGCAAAGUUCACAAAGAGAAGACGUUUUUUUGCACAAAGUGUACACAUUGGUGAUUGAGUUCCAGUACUGGGCCUCGCUUUUUGUCGUCUCCCAAGUCACGGGCUACUGGAUCUUCUUUGUGGUGGAAGGAAACGGGCCGUUUGCCUCGAUCUAUAAAGCCCUCCAGGUCAUCGACUUCUAUCUCGGCUUCGUCUUACCCUGCCACCCAAUAUUUGGAAUGGAUUCCAUGGCGCUGAUGAAGGCUGUGGUAAACACAACACAGCAAACGUGGAUCAUUUAUGUCACUGCAGGCAUUGGAGUGAGCAUCUGUGUUUUUAUGGUCAUCCACAUGGUGUGUAGGUGGCGUUACGGUACUGGCUUGUGGUCAUCAGGAAGCGCUUCGAGGGACGUCGGCGACAGACGUCAGUCAGUGAGCCGCCAGCCCUCCUUCACCCUGUCAGAGUGGACGAACGCCCAGGAGGACCUGAUCGAUCUGGAUGCCGUGCCUCAGACUCCGGUCUUUGAAAUGGGAACUGACAGCAAGCCAGAGGGAGAUGCCGUAACGCUCACCGUCACACCAGUGGGGCUUCAGGAGAGGAGGGGCUCCAACGUUUCCUUGACCUUGGACAUGUGUACGCCGGGCUGCACAGAGCCAUACGGCUAUGGAGCCCAGCUUUCCCCGAGGGACCAGUCAGCGCAGGAGUACCUCCGGCAGGGAACGCACAUCCUCACCCCCGCCAUGCUACACACACGGGCCAUGGAUGACCAGAGCCUGCAGGCUGAGUUCUAUGAAACUCCCAUGAACUUUGUGGCCCCUAAGGACUACAACUACCCGGGACUCGUGAGAAAGAACCGCUACAAAACCAUCUUACCCAACACACACAGCCGGGUGAUCUUAAAGUCACAAGACGAAGAUGAUUUCCUCACUACUUACAUCAACGGCAAUUAUCUCAAAGGUUACGGGGGUGAAGAGCGGGCGUACAUCGCCACGCAGGGCCCGACGGUCAACACAGUGGGGGACUUCUGGAGGAUGGUGUGGCAGGAGAGGACCCCCAUCGUUGUGAUGAUCACAAACUUGGAGGAGAAAAAUGAGAAAUGUGCCGAAUACUGGCCCGAGGACACUGUGACCCAUGAGGGGAUUGAAAUCACUGUUGUCACGGUAACGCAGGAGGAUGACUACAGUCUGAGGGUGUUUACGCUCAAGUGCGGAGAUUCGGAGCGAAGUCUGCGGCAGUACUGGUACACCUCGUGGCCUGACCAGAAGACCCCAGACAAAGCGCCACCUCUUUUGGAACUGGUACAGGAAGUGGAAAGAGCCAGAGAGGAGGCCCCACCCACGAGCGGCCCUAUAAUAGUGCAUUGCAGUGCUGGCAUCGGUCGGACGGGCUGCUUCAUUGCCACCUCCGUCCUGUGCAAGCAGCUGAGGAUGGAGGGCGUGGUUGACAUUCUGGGGACCACCUGCCAACUGCGUCUGGACAGGGGUGGGAUGAUCCAGACGUGCGAGCAGUACCAGUUUGUGCAUCACGUCCUCAGCCUGUACGAAAAGCAGCUGUCUCACACCUCCGAAGAGUAGUGCUCGAAUUCCGGCCACGCGCACCAAGACACGCCACUGUACGCUGUUCCGCUUCUGGCGGUACGCACCACUGUACCAAGCAUCAUCUCGUGUGUCACCCUUUCAACGAGGUCGCGCCCUUAUCUUCGUCCGGCAGGAUUCUUCAAUAGAAACCUGCGCUUAUUCACAUUGCCCUCAAAAUAAAGUUAACGUCAAUUGCUACGUAAUGCCCAGAAAUCUUCUCAUCUUCCUUACAGUACGGAGGUUUCCACAUUUAUCGGCAUGAGACGCCACAGACUCAUCACACACUUCGAAGUGUUUGACUGGGUGUGAUGUUGGAAUCUUAUUCGAUACAUUUAGGGUUUAAAGUGCGGGGAAUUGUCCAAGUUGGAAACUUUUGGGGAGCUCAAUGGGAAUCAGUGCCAAUCGACCAGAAUAAAUGGGAAUCCAUUGAAAACUCAUUGAAACUAAUAUUAAAGUUAUUAAAUUAAAUUAUUUAGAGCAAAAAAACUUAAAUGUGUGCAUUUGAAUUUUCAAAAUGCAGCUUUAUGUUGUUUAAAACUAUCCGUUCACAUUCAGAGCUGUUCCCAGGCCAGCCAGGAGACAUAGUCUCUCCAGCGUGUCCCGGGUCGUCCGCGGGGCCUCCUCCUAGUCCGACGAGACUGGAACACCUCGCGAGGGAGGCGUCCAGGAGGCAUCCUAAACAGAUGCCCGAGCCACCUCAUCUGGCUCCUCCCGAUGCGGAGGAGCAGCGGCUGGACUCUGAGCCCCUCCCGGAUGCCCGAGCUUCUCACCCGAGCUCAAAGGGAGAGUCCGGACACCCUGCGGAGAAAACUCAUUUCGGCCGCUUGUAUCCACGAUCUUGUUCUUUCAAUCACGAGCCGCCGCAGCUCGUGACCAGAGGUGAGGGUAGGAACGUAGAUCAGCCGGUAAAUUGAGAGCUUUGCUUUUCAGAUCAGCUCCUUCUUCACCACAUCACGGCAGACACUGCACCGGUCCGCCUGUCCAUCUCCCGCUCCAUUCUUCCCUCACUCGUGGACAAGAGCCCGAGAUACUUGAACUCCUCCACUUGGGGCAGGAUCUCUUCCUCGACCCAGAGAGGGCACUCCACUCUUUUCCGACUGAGGACCACGGCCUCAGAUGUGGAGGUGCUGAUUUUCAUCCCAGCAGCCUUCACACUCGGCUGCAGAGCGUUCCGGCGAGAUUUGAAGAUCGGGCCUUGACGCAGCCCUUAGAACCACAUCAUCUGCAAAAAGCAGAGACAUAAUACUGAGGUCAACAAUCCGCACCCCAUCAACACCUCAGCUGCGCCCAGAAAUUCUGUCCAUAAAGCCAAUGAACAGAAUCGGUGACAACGGGCAGCCUUGGCGGAGUCCAAUCCUUGCUGGAAACAAAUCCCACUUACCGCUGGCAAUGCGCACCAAGCUCUAACACCGGUCGUACAGCUGGUAAUAAGGGCUCCCCACGAGGGACACGGUCGAACACCUUUCCAAGUCCACAAAACACAUGCAGACUGGUUGGGUGAACUCCCAUGCACCCUUGAGGACCCCGCUGAGCGUGUAGAGCUGGUCCACUGUUCCACGGCCAGGACGAAAACCACAUUGCUCCUCCUGAAUCUGAGAUUUGACUUCCCGAUGUAGCUUCCUCUCGACACCCAUGAAUAGACCUUAACAGGGAGGCUGAGGGGUGUGAUCGCUCUGUAGUCUGAAAAUCCAGAGGCGCUGUCCCUAUUGUCCACGUGAUGUUGCAGAGGCAUGUCAACCAGGACAGCCCCACAACAUCUCGAGUCUUUAGGAACUCCGGGGAGAUCUCGUCCACCAUCGGGGCUCUGCCACCGAGACGCUUUUUAACUACCUCGGUGACUUCAAACCCGGAGAUAGGAGAGCCCACCUCCGAGUCCCCAGACUCUGCUUCCUCACGUGGAAGGAAGACGUGUCGGUGGAAUUGAGGUGAUCAAAGUAUUUUGCCCACCAACUCACAACGUCCCAAGUUGUGGUCAACAGCGCAGCGCCCCGUCCCCGCUAUGCACCGUGUUGAUGGCGCACGGCUUCCCCAUCCUGAGACGCCAGAUGAUGGACCGGAAUUUCCUCGAAGCUGCCCCGAUGUCGUUCUCCACCGCCUCUCGCCGUUCUGCGUCAAACCAGAUUGGAUAAAACUACUAGUCACUAAUUAUUUCAACACAAACGGGGGGGGGGGGAUUUAUCUUGCUGCUUAUCUACUUCGGACAAUAGAAAAUGCUUUUUCAUUAUGAUAGCAUAGUUUUUUAUGAAUUUCCUGAAAAUUGCUAAUAUUGUUCCCAUGAAGAGUGUCCAACUGAAUAUUUCCACAAGUCGUAGCUGGACUUCCCAUGGAAUUGACUGAAACCGUUCGCGCCCUUGGUAACUUGGCCGGUAUUAGUCUCAGUUGCUGGUCAAUUCUCCCAAAGUUCGGAUGAAGGAAAAUCCCAGUGUCCUAAUAAAUACUAUGACAUUCACCUUAAUGUAAUCUUGGUCGGUUAACUUUUUCUUACUGCUUAUUAAUAGUUGAAAAAAAAUAUAUAUAUAUAUAUAAUCAAAUGGAAAACACACACACACAAGGCCUGUUUCUACAUUCGAUGCAUUCAGGAGCCGCCUCGUUUUCAGGUUGCAUGGUGCUAAGUGUUCCUUCAAGGCAUGUGCAAUGUAAUGGAACAUAGGAAUGUACAACAGUUAGGUUAUUAUUGAACUGAUUAUGAAUUUUGUGCAAUCUAUAGUACACUAGUUUUACCGCGCUGCCUGUGCGGUUCUCACGUUUACGGCGAAGACCUCUUGCGUUAAGGCCACAUACGCGAACUUACAGAGGCUUCACAGAGCCGGCGAGGUCGAGGCGGAGCUGGAAUUCCCACCGAUUGCUUUGUGUUGAAAAAAAACACCUCCCGUGCUUGUAAAUGUCCCAUUUCUAUCGUGCAGCUCAGAGCCGCUGGCUCUGUGAUGCCUCUGCUCCCAAUCGUAGCUUUAACACAUGCGUAAAGUAAGAUGCCCACGAUUGUUGUGUACGCAGCCUAAUCUGUAUGAAGCACAAUAGAACAACUAAGGUUGUCUCUCUUAUGUUCAGCUGGAAAGCUUUUUUUUCCCCCCCUUGUAUUGUUUAAUGGAUUGCAUGUGCCGUAUGGGACUCCGUAGGUCCACAAUCAAAGCGACGCGAUUGGUUGUCCUGCUUUUUGUUGUGUAAAAUUGCGUUAAAGCCUACUAUAUUGCUUGCUCUCAGCCAAUGCUUUUGAUACCGUUUGCUUUUUGUGAAACCAACCAGAGAUAUUUUUAGAACAUUUUGAUACAAUCCUUUUGUGUAGAUGCCUCGUGUACAUUUCCAUCCCCACCAUGAUGUACAGUAUGUAGCUCAUGCUGUGAAUUAAAAAAAAAAAACAUCCAUUUUUAUUGCUAAGAUUGAAGACGGAACAAAAAUGUACGUUACCUUACAGUACACAAAAAUGAGAUUAGGUUCGGUCUUCAGUAGUAUUAUGUUAUGAAUUUAGGCUUUGCUUUAAUAUGCUUUGCUAUAUGUGUAUGUUUUUAUUAUUUUCUUGGAGAAUUUUACCUCAGACUGAGUAACACAGUCCCCACUGUUGUCCAUCUUUGACUCUCAAACACAUCGAAAGUAAUUGCUAUGUGCAAGGCAGCUAAAACGGUUAAGACUUACAUAUUUUUCCUUGAAUAAAUGAAUCUGCUUAGAAUUGACUGUGUAGAUUCCUGCAUUAAAACAAGUGGCAAAUAAAAAUGUGUCAGUCCUUUGA